AUGAAGGUCGUAUCUCUCAUCCUUGGUGCUCUCGCCUCCGUGGGAGUUGCACAGCAAGCCACUCUCUGCCAGGACUUCCAGUACUUUUCCAGCAACGGCUACGAGCUCAACAACAACAUCUGGGGCCGCGGCUCCGCCACCUCUGGCUCUCAGUGCACUUAUGUCGACAGUGUCAGCUCGACUGGCGCCAAGUGGCACUCCAACUGGCAGUGGCAGGGUGGCAAGGACAACGUCAAGAGCUACGUCUACUCUGGACGUCAGAUCACCAAGAAGCCCGUCACCCAGUACAGCAACCUCGAGACCGAGGCCUACUGGGUCUAUGAUACGACUAACAUUCGCUGCAAUGUUGCAUAUGAUUUGUUCACAUCUGCCAAUGUGAACCAUGACACCAGCAGUGGUGACUACGAGCUCAUGGUUUGGCUCGCCAGGUACGAUGUGUACCCCAUUGGAUCCUCGCAAGGGAUGGUCAACGUCGCCGGACAUACCUGGGAACUCUUCUACGGCCUCAACGGCUCCAUGAAGGUGUACAGCUUCGUCACUCCUUCCGGCCCCAUCUACAACUUCAAGGCCAGCAUGAAGGACUUCUUCACCUACCUCCAGAACAACAAGGGCUUCCCUGCUUCCAGCCAGAACCUCAUUACCUACCAAUUCGGUACCGAGGCUUUCACCGGUGGCCCAGCCAAGUUCACUGUUAACCAGUGGUCUGCCAACGCCUACUAA